GAUGGUGCCCGCGGGCAGAGGCGCUGUGGGGGGGGGGCCCUGCAUGUCCCGGAGCAGAACGCCGUGACCCCCCCCCAGAAGUGCGGGCCGGAGGCAGUCGGGGGCAGCCCUUCCCGAGACACUCCGGCAGGGGGCAGAGUCAGACCGGCCGAAGAAGGGGAGCUGGGCCGGACACCCCCAGUCAGACCGUGAGGGCCAGGCCUCCGGGGGUUCUGUCCCCCUCUCUGUCCUUCGCAGGCCCUUGCCAAUAAAGGGCCCCGGCACCCCGAGCCUGCCCGAGGGACCUGGGCUGCCCCCUUUCUCCCCGAGCCUCUUCCUUGGGAGCGGGCCCGAAGUGCCCCUUCUCCAAGCGCUCUCUCCAAGGACCCUGGGAGCUCCUAGAGGAACUGCCCUUCCCCCUUCUUCCCCAGCACGGCGUGUGGGCUUCCCCAAUGGGCCUCAGCAGGGAGGCCCGGAAGGGCUUUGGGGGUGUCCGGGGCUGCUGCUCAGCUUCCCUUCUCCUCCUCAGCUCCACUUCCCAAGGGCCCUCCGCCCUCGCCUGGGGGAUGGGCACAGCGGGGCCCAAGGCCAGGGAGAGGCCUCCUGGGCACAGCGGCCAGCCCAGGCCAGGGAGGGAGCCGGUCACCUUUGCGGACGUGGCUGUGGAAUUCACUGCGGAGGAGUGGCGAAGUUUAAAUCCAUCCCAGAAAGAGCUGUACAAGAAUGUGAUGCUGGAGAACUAUGGGAACGUGGUCUCCCUGGGAUUUGCAGUCUCCGACCCAGAGGUGAUCUCUUGGCUGAAGCAAGGGGAAGCAGUUUGGACACUCGGAGGAGACCGCAGAAAGAGGGACUCUCUAGGUAAUAAAAGAGUUAUUCAGACCCAGAAAGUUUGUACUUCAGAGAAAGGUUAUCAAUGUAAUGAUUGUGAGAUGACUUUUCUAGAGUACAAACAACUUGCCCAACAUCAGAAAAUCCACGCCGAAAGAAAAUUUUAUGAGUGUCAUGACUGUGGAAAGUCCUUCCUGGGGAAGUCUAAAUUUAUUGUGCAUCAUCGAAUUCAUACUGGAGAGAAACCUUAUGAAUGUAUUAAAUGUGGGAAGGGCUUCCACCAGAACGCUGAUCUUAUUCGACAUCAUAAAAUUCAUAUUGGAGAAGAGAGUUAUAAAUGUAAGGAGUGUGAAAAGACUUUCCUUGAGAGCUCAGCACUUGUUCGACAUCAAAGAAUUCAUAAAAGAAAGAAGCCUUAUGAAUCCAGUGAACAUGAGAAGUUCUUCCAUGAGUGUAAAAAGUUCGCUGAAUCUCAAAGAGUCCAUACAGGAGAAAAAACUUUUGACUAUAUGGACAAGGAAUUCAAUCUAAAAAUACAACAUCAGAAAACUCAUAUUAGAGGGAACCCUUGUGAAUGGAAUAAGUGUAGGAAGACCUGUGAUAGCUCAAAAUUCCCUGUAUGUCAGAGAAUUCAAUCUAUAGAUAAAUCUUAUGAAUGUAAUAAAUGUGAAAAGGUCUUCCACCAGAAGUCAGAUCUUAUUCAUCAUCAGAAAAUUCAUGUUGGAGAUAGACCUUUUGAAUGUUAUGAAUGUGGGAAGGCCUUUCGCCUCAGGAAACAACUUAUUCAGCAUGAGAUAAUUCAUAGUGAAGAAAAACCUUACAAAUGUAAUAAAUGUCAUAAGACUUUUGGCCGAAGUGCUCAACUUACUGUACAUCAGAGAAUUCACACUGGAGAAAGACCGUAUGAAUGCAGUGAAUGUGGGAAGGCCUUCAAUGAGAACAAACAACUUACUGUGCAUCGGAGAAUUCACAGUGGAGAGAGUCCUUAUGCAUGCAGCAAAUGUGAAAAGGCUUUCCGUCUGAGAACCCAGCUCACUCGGCACCAGAGAAUUCACACAGGAGAAAAGCCCCAUGAGUGUCGAGAGUGCGGGAAAACUUUCCUCGAGAGCUCCUCUCUCAUUCGACACCAGAGAGUUCACACUGGAGCCAAACCUUAUGAAUGCCCAAAGUGCGGGAAGGCUUUUCGCCAGAGCUCGCAUCUGACUCAGCAUCAGCGAACUCACACCGGGGAAAAACCCUUUGAAUGCGGCGAAUGUGGGAAGGCCUUCACUGUGAAGACACAAUGUACUCGACAUCAGAAAUGUCAUAGGAGAGAGAAAUCUUAUAAAUGAACUAAAUUGGGAAGUUCUGUCCAUAGGAGUUAGUUUACUCUCCAUCCAUGUUAUGUAUAAUGAUAUAAUGGCAGACAACUUACUUUCACAUGUAUAUAUAAAACAAUUAUUCACAUCAAUGCUUUCUUUACCUCAGGGCAUUCUUACUGGAGAAAAGCCCCGUGAAAGUGGAAAGUGCAAACAAAGCACACAAUUCAUAGUGGAAAGAAACAUCAACAUAAUAGUUAUGCUAAGCACUUUUGAGAAAAUAAAAAAUGAAAUGAGGAGUAGAGUAUUGGGUAGAAGAUUUAUCAGUGUGUUCAGUAUGGAAAAGCUUUCCAAAAGAAUUUUUCAACCCUGAAUAUCAGAGGAAAUUUUCUUAAAAGUAAUGAAUAAAGAGGUCUUCAAGCAGAGUGUAAAAUUUCAUCCACAUCAGGAGAUUCACGAUGAAAAAACAUCAUGAAAGUUGACGACCUUCUUCAAGAAUCAACUUCCUUAGCCUUAGAAAGGGGAAAACUAUCAACAUGGUGAUGAUGAAAAGGCCAUUUGAGAGAGCAAAGAUCUUAAUGAAUAUCAGGAAAUUCAUAAGAGAGAGAAAACUUAUUAUUAUAUUGAAUAUGGGAAGACCUUUAUCGGAGUUCAAAACAUAUUCAACAUCAGAAAAUUCACAGUAGAGGAAAAAAUGAUCCUUGCAAUAUGGGAAACUUUCCACCACACCUCUCAUUUUAAACAUCAGACAAUGUUGUUUUCAGAUGAGAAACUUCAUUAGUAUAAUGAAUUUAGGAAGACUUUUUUCUCAGAAAUCACAAUUUUUCUUGAUCCACCUCCUCUCCCCCCCAAAAAACUCAUAAUGAAUAAAAUUAAUGUCUUCAUUGUGAGAAAUACUUUCUUCAGAAGCAAAAGUGUUAAAAUGUCGGAAAUCUGGAAAAUCUUUUAUAGACUAUAAAGGAAAUAAAAUUACUGGGGAAAUGGCAGCUAGAUGAUACAGUAGAUAGAGCACAGGGCUUGGAGUCAGGAAGGCUUGAGUUCAAAUCUAGCCUGAGACACUUAAUAGCUAUGUGAUCAGAGCAAGUCAUUUAACUCAAGUUUGCCUAUUUCUUUCAGCUGUAAAAUGGAGAUAAUAGCAAGAUCUGCCUCCUGGAGUUAUUAAAUAAAUCAAGUGAGA